CCUGGUAGUGGCAGUAACCUCCUGCCGGUAGAGGAGGGGGCAGGAGGAGGGUUGUCAGAGGGGUGCAGAGGGGUGCAGCGCUGCCCCUCUACUGUCUCCUACAAGGCCCAAAGUGUGGGUACGUAUACCCCCCUGGUCCUCUGUGGACUUGAUAAUGUUUAUUUAUUUUGUCACUUUUGAAUUUGCUUGCUCCUCUUGUGUACUCUUAUUUGAGUUGUUGUGGAUAUGAUUCUCCACUAGAUUCACAUGUCCCGUGAGAGUUUUUUGUACUGCUAUACCAUAUGACACAAACUUAUUUCCUGUGCUUGUGUGACUGUGGCAGACACUGCCAUCGAGGGUGUGUCCAGCCCCUCUUCCUCUAAAGACACAGGCCCCGCCUCCCCGAUGGUUGACAGGAAGAAGCAUCGCAGGAAGAAGAGCAUGAACCAGAAAGGAGACACAACAAUUGGCCAAUCAGAUCGUAAGCUUCCAACAGCAGUGUAUUCAGGGUUUAGUUAGGUGAAACAUUCAGAACAUUGCAGAUAGAACUGUAUGAGAUUCAAUAGAAUGUAUGUGAGAUGAAUCAUAUCUGUCUACACAUUACAUUUCUAUCUGAACAUUGAGGAGUUUUAGACUUUGUGUAGACUUUGUUUGAGGAUAAACUUGAAACUAAAUUUGAGAGUGAAUCAGGAAUAGGUCAAUACUGAACAGACAUCUAAAGAAAAACCUUUGUCUCAUCUACUUAUUUUCUCCAAAAUAUCUGCCGUUAUCACUUUUCUCUCCUCUCUCCUUCUCCUUUUCUCCUGUGCUCCUUUAUUCUCUCUCUUCUCUGCUUUCCUGGGACGUCUGAUCUGCUAAUCUCUUACCCUGUAGCAAAGCGCAAAAUGUGGAAACUAAAAAGCUUUGGUAGUUUAAGAAACAUAAACAAGACAGGUAAUGAGGGUAUGUUUCUGUCUGUCUGUCAGCCCUGCUUUUCAUCCUGUCUGCCUGUCUGUCUGUCCUUCCGUCUGUCUGUCCAUCCAUCUUGUAUGUCUGUCCUGCUGCCUGUCCGCUUUUCUGUUUGUCAAUUUGUCUGUCACUGUUUCUGCUUUUAAGUGCUACUGCAUCUUAUGCUAUACUACUACCACCAUAUUGAGUUCUCUUUUGAGCAGUGUUAAUUUUGGCAGCUAUUUUAGAUUUAGUUUGUCUUAGUUUUAGUCUUAAAAUAGCUUUUAGUCUUAGUCACAUUUUAGUAAUUUCAUCAUUCGUUAGUUUUAGUUAUUAUCAGUCGACUAAAACUCUGGACAAUUUUAGUUUGGUUUUAGUCACAGCCAUUUUAGUCACAUAAUAGUCAGUUCAUUUUUUUCCUAAUAAAUACUCAAUAUUUAGGCUACCUCUAACUUCCAUCAUGUGCCCAUUCAGAUAGCCUUGUCCAACUAGGCCUACUAUCCCCUCGUAUACCUGGCAACACUGAUAUUGUGGCAGAUUGUAACCCAUGACAGCUAUGAUUAACCAUACAGGCUAUAUAGCCUUGGCUACAGGUUAAACAAUCUACAGCUCUGAUUUUCUCCCCAUCAUAACCGUCAAGGGGGUAAAUAACAGUGGUUUCCUUGAAAAUAAAAUAAUUUGUGCUUUACAAAAAUGUCAGAAGUAUUACUGGAUUCCUAAUAUUCAACAAAUAGCAUUCGCAUUUGCGGACCGCGGCGCGAGAACGGCAACACAGAUGAAUGAAUAACAGCGCACAUGGGAAAAUAGAGCCUACAUGAAUGUAAGAGAGAGGGUAAACAUUGUUUCUAGUGGAGGUCAGUUACAAGUCAAGUGUCCUGGCUUCGCAUUAAUUCAAAAGAUUGCCGAGUGAUUGAAGUGACUGCCUGGGAGCUGUGUGGGAGUGCCAGACAGAUUAGCUCAAUCAGACCGCACAACUGAAAGAUGACAAUUCUGCCAAUGAGAGGAUUGCAUUAAAUAUUAUGCAUGCGUAGCAUUGGACAAACCAGAUGAAAAGGAGAUUCAUGUCAAAUUAAAUUGUCUCAGGUGGAAUUCUCGUCUUUACAAAAGUAAUUUGUAAUAGUUAUCCUUUUUUUCACAGGGCAUCUCAUCUCGUUAUCGUCAUAGUUUAGUCAGGAAAAAUAGGCUGUUGAUUAGUAUUUUUCAUCAUAGUUGUUGACGAAAUUAACACUGCUCUUGAGUGUCUCUAAGAUAAAGCAUUCAGUACUAGUCUUCUCUCCAUAUACUUCAUACAUCUUAAUUUGUCCACCAUCACAGCAAUGCAAUAAUGCAUGCCGAUGUCUACUUAACAGAUAAGUGCUGUUUGGCGAUCCACCACCAAUCAUCAUUGUGAUGGAGGAAGAAACCCUCUGAACCCACUGUAUGGUACUUUGUCAUUAGGGCCAUGAGUUUAACCUGGCCAUGUGACCUCAGGCCUAAUUGGACUAGGUCAUAUAGUCAACUCAGGGCCCUAUUUAUCAUGUUUUGCCUGUCUCUAAUACAAGCCUAUAUAUUGAAUGUGUUCUGUUAUCAGACGAGGAUAACUUUGACUUCCUUAUCGUGUCGAGCACGGGCCAGACGUGGCACUUCGAGGCCCAGAGUGUGGAGGAAAGGGACGCCUGGGUGACUGCCAUCGAGAGCCAGAUCCUGGCCAGCCUGCAGCUGUGUGAGAGCAGCAAGAAUAAGGCAAGGAUGCAGACGUACACACACACACACACACGUACACACAGACACACACACACAUGCACACAUACCCACACACACAUUACAAGAAAAUAUCUGCAUCUGGCAAAGUGUUUGUCUUGGAAACCAGCUAUUACUAAGGAGAGACUAAUUGUGUGUUUGUGUGUUCCACAGGCUCGUAAGAACAGCCAGAGUGAAGCUGUGGCGCUGCAGGCUAUCCGUAAUGCCAAGGGCAACAGCCUCUGUGUGGACUGUGAAGCACCUAGUUAGUCAACUCAUUCAUUACUGUUGGUUUUAUCUCUCUUUGCUGCUCUCUUUAUCUUUAUUCAAUUUCUCUUUCCUUUCGUGCUCUACUGCUUUUUCUGCUUUCUCAUCCAUCUUACUGCCCAGCUAGCACAUAACGUUCUGAAAACCAUAUGUUUCUUAGAGCUUGGCGAGAGGGUGGUUGUCCAAUGGUUAUUUUGCAUAAAACCUUCCCACAAUUUUCUGGGAAUGGUGCAGGAUAGUUGCUUGGCUUUGGAACGGUCUCAGCGCAUUUAAGGAACUUGACAAAAAAAACAUUAUUUUCAUUACUUUUCCUAAAAGUUCAAACAUGGUGUCACGUUCGUUCAUAGACGGGACGGACCAAGGCGCAGCGUGAUAUGCAUACAUGUUUAUUUAAACUUAAUAAACACUCGACAAAACAAUAAACAAAACGUGAAGUCCACGGUAGACACAAACAACAUACCUUAAACGGAACAAGAUCCCACACCUUAACUAGUGCCAAUAGGCUGCCUAAGUAUGGUCCCCAAUCAGAGACAACGAGCGACAGCUGCCUCUGAUUGGGAACCACACCGGCCAACAUAGAUCUAGAACUACUAGAUCCUAUAACAUAGAACAAGCACAACAAGGAAUAUACACACCCUGACUCAACAUAUUAGCGUCCCCUGAGUCAGGGCGUGACAGUACCCCCCCCCCCCCCCCCCCCAAAGGUGCGGACUCCGACCGCACAACAUAACAGGGUAGGGGCCGGGUGGGCAUUCCGCCUCGGAGGCGGAUCCGGCUCAGGGCGUGACGACCUCUCACUCUUCGCCUCCCUGUUGCGCCCCUGGUCUGGUCUAGACCUCGGCGCGUUGCUUCCCCUCUCCUUCCUCCCACGAUACGCCAGGCCCAGUCUGGACCCUGGUGUGGGAGACCCCGAACCUGGAGAGGGGCUGACGCCAUGGUCUGGACUGGAGCCGCUGACCGGAGCUGGACUAGACACCGGUGGAGCGGACUGCUCUGGCUCCGGAGUGGAGCCGCUGACCGGAGCUGGAUCAGGCACCGGUGGAGCGGACUGCUCUGGCUCCGGAGUGGAGCAGCUGACCGGAGCUGGAUCAGGCACCGGCGGAGCGGACUGCUCUGGCUCCGGAGUGGAACAGCUGACCGGAACUGGAUCAGGCACCGGUGGAGCGGACUGCUCUGGCUCCGGAGUGGAGCAGCUGACCGGUGCCGGACCAGGCACCGGUGGAACGGGCACGGGCCGUGCCGGACUGGACAAACGCACCACUGGUCUGGUGCGAGGAGCAGGUACGGGCCGGACCGGACUGGCGACGCGCAUCACUGGUUUGGUGCGAGGAGCAGGAACAGGCCGGGCCGGGCUGGCGACCCGCACCACUGGCUUGGUGCGAGGAGCAGGAACAGGCCGGGCCGGGCUGGCGACGCGCACCACUGGCUUGGUGCGAGGAGCAGGAACAGGCCGGGCCGGGCUGGCGACGCACACAACUGGCUUGGUGCGAGGAGCAGGAACAGGCCGGGCCGGGCUGGCGACGCGCACCACUGGCUUGGUGCGAGGAGCAGGAACAGGCCGGGCCGGGCUGGCGACGCGCACCACUGGCUUGGUGCGAGGAGCAGGAACAGGCCGGGCCGGGCUGGCGACGCGCACCACUGGCUUGGUGCGAGGAGCAGGAACAGGCCGGGCCGGGCUGGCGACGCGCACCACUGGCUUGGUGCGAGGAGCAGGAACAGGCCGGGCCGGGCUGGCGACGCGCACCACUGGCUUGGUGCGAGGAGCAGGAACAGGCCGGGCCGGGCUGGCGACGCGCACCACUGGCUUGGUGCGAGGUGCAGGAACAGGCCGGGCCGGACUGGCGACGCGCACCACUGGCUGGGUGCGAGGAGCAGGAACAGGCCGGACCGGGCUGGCGACGCGCACCACUGGCUUGGUGUGAGGAGCAGGAACGGGUCAGGCCGUACUGGGAACACGCACCACUGGCUUAGUGCGGGGAGCAGGAACGGGCCGGACCGGACUGGCGACACGCACCACUUGCUUGGUGCGAGGAGCGGGACUGGGUUCCUUUAUUAAACCCCGCUCCUUCUGCUGCCUAACCAGCUCCUCUCGCCGUGCCUCUACACUUUCCUUCUCCCUUUUAGCCUCCUGUAGCGCCUCCCUCUGACCGAAUAACUCCUGCUCCUUCUGAACCAAUAGCCCCCGUAACAUGGUGGCCUCCUCUCCUAACCUGCAGAUUCGCCCUUCCACGGCCUCCUGCUGCCUCGUCAUCCACCCCGUGUGCCCCCCCAAUUUUUUUUAUUGGGGUUGGCUCUCGGGUCUCCGUCGUCGGCACGGUUGGCACCGUUUCUCCUCUCCUACCUGGGCAUCAACCUUCAUCGCCUCCCAAUAACGGACGGCCUCCUCCUCAGUAAUUCUCCCCCAACCGAGGAGGACGUCUACUAAAGUUACCUCCCGUUGAAUCCCCGGCGUUUGCUCCUUAUGGGCACGCUGCUUGGUCCUUGUUUGGUGGGAUCUUCUGUCGUCGUUCGUUCAUAGACGGGACGGACCCAGGCGCAGCGUGAUAUGCAUACAUGUUUACUUAAACUUAAUAAACACUCGACAAAACGAAACGUGAAGUCCACGGUAGACACAAACAACAUACCUUAUACGGAACAAGAUCCCACACCUUAACUAGUGCCAAUACAUUUACAUUACAUUUUAGUCAUUUAGCAGACGCUCUUAUCCAGAGCGACUUACAGUUAGUGAAUACAUAUAUUUUUUAUACUGGCCCCCCGUGGGAAUCGAACCCACAACCCUGGCGUUGCAAACGCCAUGCUCUAUCAACUGAGCUACAUCCCUGCCGGCCAUUCCCUCCCCUACCCUGGACGACGCUGGGCCAAUUGUGCGCCGCCCAUGAGUCUCCCGGUCGCGGCCGGCGGCGACAGAGCCUGGAUUCGAACCAGGAUCUCUAGUGGCACAGUUAGCACUGCGAUGCAGUGCCUUAGACCACUGCGCCACUCAGGAGUACGAUUGCGUUCCCAAUAGGCUGCCUAUGUAUGGUCCCCAAUCAGAGACAACGAGCGACAGCUGCCUCUGAUUGGGAACCACACCGGCCAACAUAGAUCUAGAACUACUAGAUCCUAUAACAUAGAACAAGCACAACAAGGAAUAUACACACCCUGACUCAACAUAUAAGUGUCCCCUGAGUCAGGGUGUGACACAUGGUUACAUUUAAUUUACAUUUUGGUAAUGUUCUAGGAACGUUCUCCAACUGGUUUGGCAUUGGGAAUUUUCUCAAAUUUCAGUACUUCAGCAUAACAUUUCCUACAGGUUUCCUCUUGGUUUUAUUUAGUCAUGUUCUCAAAUUGUUCCAAGAACGUUUAGAAACAACAUUCUUCUGUGGGAAUUUCAGUACUUCAGCAUAACGUUUCCUACAGGUUUCCUCUUGGUUCUAUUUAGUCAUGUUCUCAAAUUGUUCAAAGAACGUUAAGCAAACUUUCCAUAAAAACCACAAGAAAACUUUAGUAACAUUCAGAGAACCUUCUAAGAAUGUUAUUUAAAAGCAUAUACAUUCCAUCCUUAGCAUCAACAAAACUCUAUCCUCUAUCUUGUUAAGUGUGUUCAGGUGUGUUGGAAGCGCCCACUAAUAGGCCACACUUGAUCUUAAUGGGUGCUUGUUUCUUUUUAAAUGGGGUCUGUUUGAAUAGACAAAAAUUCACAGCUUUGUAUGCAUAAAACAACAUGGCAUGCUAGCUCCACCCUGGUGACGCUGUGGACUAAUUCAGUGGAUAGAGAACAGAAGAUUAUGCCGUGUCACAAUAAAAAAGAAAUGUGUUUGCAUUAUUAAUGUCUAAGGAAAUGAAUUUCCAUGUGUCCUAUCUGUGCUUGGAGUUCAAAAAAGUUAACCCAAAAUAAGCUAGCAGUGUUAUUAAAAGUCUUAUUGAAACAUUCAGUUUAAUUUUUAAGGAAGUUAUUCAAAAACCUCAAAAUAACCUAUAAUUUCAGUUCUCAGGGGGUUAAUAAAUCCUUCCAGGAAAACUUUCAAGGAACCAGAGUAAAACGUUCUCAGAACAUCCCUGCAACCUGAAAGUAAAUGUUCCCAAAACAGGCGUAAUUCUCACUUCUGUUCUCAGAACGUUUAAAAAUCUUUCAGUUUUACUGGUCAGGAAACGUAUGGCUUUGUUCCCACAACCAAUGUGAAACCAAAAACAUACAUUCCCACAACUUCCAAGGAAUCAAAUGUGCUAGCUGGGUGAUCUCAUUGAUCUUGGUUUUCAGUGUGGGUGGAACCUCCGUUCUUCAUCAGGGUUGGGGUCAAUUCCGUUUCAAUUCCAGUCAAUCCAUUACAAUUCUCAUCAAUGCUUUUCAAUUAGGAACAAUUGAAAUUUUAAUUACUGUUUGGUUCACUUUUUGAAUUGACUGGAAUUUAAAUGGAAUUGACCCCAAUCCUGUUCACCAUAUCCUUCCACUCUUUCGCCCAUGUAAGUCCUACUCAUGUAGUUGCAACCCAGAAUAUAAAUCUAUUGGAAUACCGGUACUCUAACCCCAUCUCUGUAUUUCCUUUCUGUUUUUCCUAUGCAUGCAAUUUCAGGCCGGACUAAAACUGUACACGUUUUAGUCUAUUAUUUAGUCUGAUCCCAGACCUGCUGUGUCUCCUCUCUCAGACCCAACGUGGGCCAGUCUGAACCUGGGGGCUCUGAUCUGCAUUGAGUGUUCAGGGAUCCACAGGAACCUGGGCACCCACCUGUCCCGUGUCCGCUCUCUGGACCUGGACGACCUGCCCAGAGAACUCACCCUGGUGCUGGGUGCCAUUGGCAACCACCUGGCCAACAGCAUCUGGGAGGGACGCACGCUGGGCCGCCGGAAACCCACACCCGACGCCACCCGGUAGGAGGACUAGGGAUACUGGAUGACAUGGGAGAGACACUGGGAAACAGAGCAGAGAGGACAGGGGAAAGGGACACUUAAUAAAGUGUGAAUAAGUGGCAAGCUUGCUGGACUGCAGUUGCAGUAUUAGUUGUUGUUGUUGUAGAAGAGAAGGCAGUUGCAUUGAUAAAAAUGUUAGAGCUAGUAGUAGUAGAAAUAGGAGAUGUGAAGGUGUCUGACUACAUACACCUGCCUGUUCACACACUUUGUUCCCUUGGUAAUAGUGUGUGUGUGUCUGUAACUGUGUCUGACUGGUCCCAGAGAGGAGCGGGAGUCGUGGAUCCGGGCCAAGUAUGAGCAGAGGCUGUUUGUGGCUCCGCUGGUCCCGCCCUCCCCCUCCAUGUCCCACAGCCAGGGGUCAGAAGUCAACACGCUGUCGGCCCGUCUGCUGGUGGCCGUGAUGGAGAGGGACCUCCCCCGCCUGCUCCUCCUCCUAGCCCACAGCACCAAGGACGACAUUAACGCCCCCCUCCGCCCAGGGGGUCACCUCUCUCCUCACCCCCCUGCUGCGUCCCCCAGCUCUCCCAUGGGGGGAUCCCCACUGCCGCCCCACUCAGCGCUCCACGCCGCCUGCCAGCUCGCCGACGUGAUCAUGACCCAGCUGCUGGUCUGGGUGAGAGAACGUCCCUCCUCUAGUCUCUUCAUCCUGCUUUUCCAUUUUUUUGUCUUUCAUCCACUCAUGACACUACAGCCAAAGAAUGGCAGAAAUAUCAAAUGAAAUUGUAUUUGUUACUUGCUUUGUAAACAACAGGUGUAGCAGUGAAAUGCUUACUUACAAGCCCCUCCCAAGAAUGCAGAGAUUAAAAAAAAAAAAAAAUAGAAACCAAUUUAUUAUAAUAAAUACAAUAGGGAAAUCAUAGAAAAAUAAUAACACAAAGAAUAAAUACACAAUGAAUAAUGAUAACUUGGCUAUAUACACGAGGUACCAGUACCGAGUCUAUGUGCAGGGGUACAAGGUAGUUGAGGUAUAUAUGUUCAUAUACAAUGUAUUCGGAAAGUAUUCAGACCCCUUGACUUUUUCCACAUUUUGUUACAUUACAGCCUCAUCAAUCUACACACAAUACCCCAUAAUGACAAAGCAAAAACAGUCUUUUAGAAAUGUUAGCAAAUGUAUGAAAACAAUUCAACUGAAAUAUAACAUUUACAUAAGUAUUCAGACCGUUUACUUAGUACUUUGUUGAAGCACCUUUGGCAGCGAUUACAGCCUCUAAUCUUCUUGGGUAUGACGCUACAAGCUUGGCACACCUGUAUUUGGGGAGUUUUUCCCAUUCUUCUCUGCUGAUCCACUCAAGCUCUGUCAGGUUGGAUGGGGAGCGUCGCUGCACAGCUAUUGUCAGGUCUCUCCAGAGAUGUUCGAUCGGGUUCAAGUCCGGGCUCUGGAUGGGCCACUCAACGACAUUCAGAGACUUGUCCCGAAGCCACUUCUGUGUUGUCUUGGCUGUGUGCUUAGGGUCGUUGUCCUGUUGGAAGGUGAACCUUUGCCCCAGUCUGAGGUCCUGAGCACUCUGGAGCAGGUUUUCAUCAAGGAUCUCUCUGUACUUUGCUCUGUUCAUCUUUCCCUCUAUCCUGACUAGUCUCCCAGUCCCUGCCGCUGAAAAACAUCCCCACAGCAUGAUGCUGCCAACACCAUGCUUCACCGUAGGGAUGGUGCCAGGUUUCCUCCAGACGUGACGCUUGGCAUUCAGGCCAAAGAGUUCAAUCUUGGAUUCAUCAGACCAGAGAAUCUUGUUUCUCAUGAUCUGAGAGUCCUUUAGGUGCCUUUUAGGCAACCUCCAAGUGGGCUGUCAUGUGCCUUUUACUGAGGAGUGGCUUCCGUCUGACCACUCUACCAUAAAGGCCUUUGGUGGAGUGCUGCAGAGAUGGUUGUCCUUCUGGAAGGUUCUCCCAACUCCACAGAGGAACUCUGGAGCUCUGUCAGAGUCACCUCCCUGACCAAGGCCCUUCUCCCCCGAUUGCUCAGUUUGGCCCGGCGGCCAGCUCUAGAAAGAGUCUUGGUGGUUCCAAACUUCUUGCAUUUAAGAAUGAUGGAGGCCACUGUAUUCUUGGGGACCUUGAAUGCUGCAGACAUUUUUUGGGACCCUUCCCCAGAUCUGUGCCUCCACACAAUCCUGUCUCGGAGCUCUACAGACAAUUACUUUUACCUCAUGGCUUGGUUUUUGCUCUGACAUGCACUGUCAACUGUGGGACCUAAUAUAGACAUGUGUGUGCCUUUCCAAACCAUGUCACAUCAAUUGAAUUUAACACAGGUGGACUCCAAUUAAGUUUUAGAAACAUCUCAAGGAUGAUCAAUGGAAACAGGAUGCACCUGUGCUCAAUUUCGAGUCUCAUAUUAAAGGGUCUGAAUACUUAUGUAAUUUUGCACAAAUUUAUACAAACCUGUUUUCGCUUUGUCAUUAUGGGGUAUUGUGUAUAGAUUGAUGAAGAAAAUGUUUUAUUUAAUCCAUUUUAGAAUAAUGUAACAAAAUGUGGAAAAAUUGAAGGGGUUUGAAUCAUUUCCGAAUGCACUGUAUGUAAGGAUAACGUGACUAGGCAACAGGAUAGAUAAAACAGUAACAGCAGCGUAUUUGAUGAGUCAAAAGAGUUAGUGCAAAAAGAGUCAAUGCAGAUAGUUAAAUAGUUAACCAAUAGCUACCCGGACGAACUAUUUAGCAGUCUUAUGGCUUGGGGGUAGAAGCUGUUCAGGAUCCAGUUGGUUCCAGACUUGGUGCAUCGGUACCGCUUGCUGUGCGAUAGCAGAGCGAACAGUCUAUAACUUGGGUGCAGUAGUGUGGUUUGAAUCGUACAGAAGUGACACUUUACAAAAAAUAGCUGCACAUGUGUUUUUUUAUCCACAAAGAAUUUCAACUGAAUCUUAUUGCCCUCUUUCAUUCUCCCCCUCUCUCUCCCUGGUCGCAGUAUGGCAGUGAUGUGAGGUGUCGGGACGCCCAGGGGCAGACAGCCCUCACGUUGGCGCGUUACGCUGGCAGUCAGGAGUGUGCCGACAUCCUCCUGCAGUACGGCUGCCCCAACGAGCCGGCCCCCUCGGUUGCCACGACGCCCAGCCUCUGUCGCCACGACACCCAGCCUUUCCCGCAAGAGCAGCGCCGCCAGCCUCAGCCGCAGCAUCAGCUCCAGAAGAGCAGUGUCUUAAUGUGAGAACUCUGUGUGAAAGUGUAAGUGUGCAUGUGUGUGUACGUGUAAGAGGGUGGGUAUGUGUGGUUGGGUGGAUGUGAGUGUGUGUUUGUUAGAAUAAUGAUGUGUGUGUGUGUGUGUGUUUGAGGUUGUGUGGGUGGUGCAUGUGUGUUUGUAACCAUAUGCAUGCCAGGUUAGCUCUAGUUGAAGGGGGAGGCUGUGUCAUCACAGUGUCCUCUAAAAGGAACCCAUAAAGUCACACCAGGACGUAGUCACAGACCAGAAGGACUGAAUGGACAAGCAGCUAACACUGUCACCACCCUUAGUGGUGCACAGGUCAGCUGUUUGUUCACCCACACCCGACCACAAUUGGUAAAUAACCCAUCCGCAACCACCCGACUAUCUGUGAUAAAGUGAAAAUCUGAGGCCCGAGCCUAACCCGCAAAUAUAGAAAAUGUGCUAUAUAGGCAUAUGCUUAUGCUUAUAAUUUCUGACAUUUUGGUAGGUUAUUUGUUAGUCAACUCAUCUAUAAUUAGAUACAUUCAGCUUAUUUUCUGUCAUUACUUGUUACCCUAGAAUACUAAAUAAACCCUUUCUCACCAGAAUAAUGUCAUAAAUCGAUAGGCUGGACGCUUCAAUCUAGUUGACAUCGGUAAAGUUCUCUCUUUCAUCUCUGCAUCUCUCGCGCAAUCGCGCAGUAAAGACGUUUGGGUACAGGGGAAAAAAUGGUUUUAAGGAAAUUAAAAGCUGUGAAAACUACCCAACAUGUUUCUGAUAAGAUUUCAGUUCAGCUUGGAUGCAUAUUUUAUGUGCAGACAUUUUUAUCUGUAUUUCAAAUCAUUUCUGGGUAACAAUUAAGUACCUUACUGUGAUUGUUUUAAAUUAAAAUGGUCAAAAAGAAACAAAAUUUAGCAAAGAACAAUUUUUGUUUUGAGUGGGGAGUGAGUGUUUUGAGUGGGGAGGUGAAAACAGAACAUUUGCUGUUAUUGGCAGAGAGGUUUGGAACUCUCUUAUUGGUCUAUGAACUAAUUAACCACAUGGUUAUGUCACCAUUGAAGGCCAAAACUCCCUCCCACCAAAACAGGCUGAAAUUUCAAGCUGUCUUUUCAAACAGCUCUUACACUAAAAGGGCAUUAUACAUUUACAUUUUAGUCUAUUUUUUUUUUCAUACCCCCCGUGGGAAUCGAACCCACAACCCUGGCGUUGCAAACGCCAUGCUCUACCAACUGAGCUACAUCCCUGCUGGUCAUUUCCUCCCCUACCCUGGACGAAUUGUGCGCCGCCCCGUGGGUCUCCCGGUCGCGGCCGGCUACGACAGAGCCUGGAUUCAAACCAGGAUCUCUAGUGGCACAGCUAGCACUGCCUUAGAGGUUUGCAAAAGCAUUGGGCAAUUGGCAUGUAUUCAGAGAGAGUACAGUUAGGCCCUAAAGCUUAGGCUACACACUAGCGCCAUAUAAAAAAAAAAAUUACUAAAAACUAAAUGUAACCUACAGAUAUGAAUUGCACAAUAAUUAUACAUUUAUGGAUUUUUAAUGCAUUGUUCUCUUUUUAUUCAACCCGCCCGCCAACCAUCCACACAAUAUUUAAUUGCCCUAAACCGCAGGGACUGCGGGUUAUGAGUCAACCCACGCAUCACUAACCAUAGUAAAGCCAGGAGGCAGAACUCCCUCUAACUUGGCUCUGUGUGUGUGCAUGUGCGUUUGAGAGAGAGGGACUGGGGUAUCUCGUCCCCACUAUGAGCUGAUGAUAUAUACUCUUCCAGGCUCACCUCACCACUGCUCUGUUGGAACUUUCACCUGCCAAAAGGUGUGCUACUGCUUCACCACCACCCCGUACCCUGAGCCUCACUAACACACAGACAGACAGACAGAAAGACAGACAGUGGGAUAAUGUAAUGCCAAGCACUUGGGCCAAAUUGAUGGCCUGUCCUGUAUGCUGACUUGGGUUCAUGCCUAAUCACAUCUCUCAAACCACAUGGUUGGGAGAAGAAAACGAACCAGAGGUACAGAACUGCAAUAAUUGAAUUACCAGUGUGAGACAAUGGGUUUGUCUUUCUCGCCCUUCUGUACCUCUGGGUGCUUGGAAUCCCAUGAUAAGACUAUAAUAUGAAGACGGGAAGAUGGUUUCCGCUCUCUACAGCGGAGAAUGUCAGUUUAAAAUUCAUUAUGAACAUUUAUCCUGUGCUUUGAUGGUUAGGUUGACGUGAAGUGGAGCAGCUUAACUUAAAAUGCAGAUAAAUCUAUAAAGAUGCUUCAAUAUGAUGAUAAAAGGAGUAUGUGGGGGCUCAUUGAAUCCUCUGAAUGACAUUGUACUUACUCAUACAGAAACUUAACAGUGGAGUCAAGACCAACAGCAAUGGCCAGUGUUGGAACGAUAAUUACCACUUUUAAACCGUAUCGCUGUACCACGGUCAAACAAAAUGGUCAGUUACUGAACAAUGCUCAGCUGAGGUCAAAUUCUAAAGAAAUACUGUCCAACAGAUAUAGGAUUUGUAUUUUAAGAAUUUAGGUACAAAUAAUAAUUGUAUAGAAAGACAUGAAAUUGAUAUUAUUACUAUAAUUGUGAUAGUUAUCAAUAUUGAGAAGUACUUCAUGUUCAAGAAUGUUAUUGUAUGUUCUGAAGUUUGUAUGGUAGGUUCUUGUUUGUAAUACACACAGGAGUUACAGAUUUUGUGAUUUAUUUUAUUUGGCAGUCAGCUAUCUAGCUAUCUAUUUGAGAUUCAAGAUGGAGACUUCAUCACUUUCAGAUACAAGAUGGAGACUUGUAAUGUAUGUGCAUAAUGCGUGUUGCAGAAAUGAGAGAGAGAGAGACCCACCCACUAGGGCAGUUGCUCUAUGUCCUUUUUAGCUGAACAGUGUUACUGCCAAACACCAUUGUAAUGUGAAACAAAUUAAAUGCCUUCAGUUUGAUUGAAUGUAUUGCAAAUAUUGGGAAUGUUUUGGUGCACUGCCACACCCACAAAAGAAAAAGGGGUUCAAAACCAAAACUCAGGCGUCGUUCUCGAUUAUUAUUCCAACUGUACAAAAGGAUUAUUAGUAAGGGAAAUGAAUGGCCUUGUAUUGAGAAUGAAAAGUUAGCCAGUGGACACAUUAGAGACCAUUAUCAUAACACCACAAGUACCAUGUUGCUUGAAUAUUGGGACUUACAAAUCUACUGUAGUAUGAUCAUACCUUUUUUUAACUGAAAAUGAACAUCUCCAAUGACUGUCUGUAAAUUGUGUAUGCUUCUCUUUUGUUUUGCAGUGUUUUUCUACUCAUGUAUA